AUGGCCAGCGGUGCAAUUGAACCCUUUCUGAAGGGUAGCACCUCUGAGAAUACCCGUGGGCUGUUGCGCGUUAUUAUCCUGCUGUUUAUCGCCGCAACUGCCAUUGCCAGUAGAUUGUUCAGUGUAAUAAGAUUUGAAAGUAUUAUCCACGAAUUUGAUCCAUGGUUCAAUUUCCGAGCUACAAAAUACCUUGUUGAAAAUGGCUUCUAUAAGUUCUGGGACUGGUUUGAUGACCGAACAUGGCACCCCCUUGGACGUGUUACUGGUGGCACACUUUAUCCCGGAUUGAUGGUUACCAGCGGUGUCAUCUAUAAGCUCCUACGACUCAUCUCCCUCCCCGUCGAUAUUCGAAACGUAUGCGUUCUUCUUGCACCCGCUUUCUCUGGCUUGACAUCUCUAGCCAUGUAUCUUCUCACUACUGAGAUGGCUCCCUCGCCUUCCGCUGGUCUUCUAGCCGCCGCAUUUGUUGGAAUUGCACCAGGCUACAUCUCCCGAUCAGUGGCUGGUAGUUAUGAUAACGAAGCAAUUGCCAUCUUCCUUCUGGUUUUUACAUUUUUCCUCUGGAUUAAGGCUGUGAAGAAUGGAUCGAUCAUGUGGGGUGCCUUGACGGCUUUGUUCUACGGAUAUAUGGUGUCUGCUUGGGGUGGAUAUGUUUUUAUCACCAAUCUGAUUCCUCUCCAUGUAUUUGUCCUCAUUUGCAUGGGGAGAUAUACCUCCCGUCUGUACAUCAGUUAUACAACAUGGUAUGCCCUCGGUACCUUAGCCAGCAUGCAGGUUCCGUUCGUUGGUUUCCUACCAAUCCGCAACAGCGACCACAUGGCAGCUCUGGGUAUAUUCGGUCUGCUUCAAAUUGUCGCCUUUGUGGAAUUUCUCCGUGCCCAGGUUCCCAGCAAACAGUUCCAGACAGUUCUCACCGGUCUAGUCCUCUUGGUCUUCGCCCUGUCAUUUACUGGGCUAGUACUUCUCACUGUCUCAGGAGUUAUUGCUCCAUGGAGUGGCCGAUUUUACUCGCUGUGGGACACCGGCUACGCGAAGAUCCAUAUCCCUAUUAUUGCAUCCGUAUCUGAACAUCAGCCUACCGCAUGGCCUGCUUUCUAUUUCGACUUGAACAUCAUGAUCUGGCUAUUCCCACCAGGUGUAUACAUGUGCUUCUACAAGCUAAAAGACGAACAUGUCUUUGUUAUCAUUUAUGCUGUCCUUGCAAGCUAUUUUGCUGGAGUCAUGGUCCGAUUAAUGUUGACUCUUACACCCGUGGUAUGUGUCGCAGCUGCGUUAGCAUUGUCUCAGAUACUGGAUGUAUAUCUAUGCAUGGACACCCCCAAUCCGGGCUCCGAAAACAAACAUUCUGGUGAUAAGCCAACCCAAGGAGGCCUACGGAUAGCUCGCAAUAAGUUUGUGGGAAUUUACUCCAAUCUCUCCAAGGUAGUUGUGUCCGGGACCGUUCUAGUCUACCUCAUAUUCUUUGUCGCCCAUUGUACCUGGGUCACCUCCAAUGCCUACUCCUCUCCCUCCGUUGUUUUAGCCAGCAAAUUACCUGACGGUACCCAAUUUAUUAUUGAUGAUUACCGUGAAGCAUACUACUGGCUUAGACAGAACACCCCUAAGAACACAAAAAUCAUGGCGUGGUGGGAUUACGGAUACCAGAUCGGUGGUAUGGCUGAUCGCCCAACCUUGGUUGACAAUAAUACCUGGAACAAUACACAUAUUGCCACAGUUGGUAAAGCAAUGAGCUCCAGUGAGGAGGUUAGCUAUCCUAUCCUGAGGCAACAUGACGUGGACUACGUGCUUGUUGUGUUCGGAGGUCUAUUAGGGUAUUCCGGAGACGACAUCAACAAAUUCUUGUGGAUGGUCCGUAUUGCCGAAGGUAUCUGGCCUGAUGAGGUCAAGGAACGAGACUUUUUCACUGCACGCGGCGAAUACCGCGUAGAUGACCAAGCAACUCCGACAAUGCGCAACAGUUUAAUGUACAAAAUGUCCUAUUAUAACUUCAAUAGUCUAUUCCCUCCAGGGCAAGCGCAAGACCGUGUCCGUGGUGUCCGAGUUCCAGCCCAGGGCCCGCAACUAACUACGAUCGAAGAGGCAUUCACAAGUGAGAACUGGAUCAUCCGAAUCUAUAAGGUUAAGGAUCUCGACAAUCUAGGGCGAGAUCACGGAAGUGCUGCUGCAUUUGAAAAGGGGCACAAGAAGAAGAACGCUCCUGGAAAAAGACGAGGAAGACCAGUGUUGCGAACGGAAUAA